ACUGCACCGCACCAUUAGCGGUGAUGGUGGGUACAAUUGGAUGACGCAGCUCACGUUGCUGGAUGCCUCUGUCAGCUUGCGUGUCCGCGUGAGUCAAUGAUCCCAGCUGCAUCUACCUAAUUGUUUAGCAUGAGGACUAUUAGUCUCUACCACUGCAUUAAAUUAGUAAAAGGUUCCAUUUCCUCAGGCAUCAUCCCUUCACAUUUUCCUCGCUUUGACCAAGCUCCUCGUUCAUAUCGACUAGACGAAACGCUGAGAUCCAGCAAGCAAUACUGGAUAUGCAGUCAACUCAGUGGGAUAUCAAAGCCUUCGGCUUGAAGCUCAAGAACCACCGCCGAAACCAAGACCUCAGCAUCAACUUGCACCACGAUUACACAUCAAAGGUGUACACUUCUGGAUCACUUAUCGCAGGUGAACUCGCUAUCACACCCAGGAAAGAUGUCAGAUUUGAUCUGGUGCGGAUUUGCCUUUCGGGAGACGGGAGUGUUCUUCACGAAGACAUAGGCACAACCUCGGUUGUGCGGUUCAGUUUCCUCGACAUCGAAAUGCCCAUUCCCUUGGCUGCCCUGCCCGAGUCCAGAGUUUUUGAAGCUGGACAAGAGUACAAAAUCCCAUUCGAGUUUGUAGUGCCGUAUCAGCUUGCGGCUGCAUCGUGUUCUCACCUCACUACGUCGCAGUCAUUAAGAGAUCACCACUUGCAUUUGCCACCCAGCAUGGGAAAAUGGGAAAAGGCCAAUAUGACCCCCGAUACAACUGAGAUCCAGUACAAAGUCAAAGCCUCCGUGAUGAGAUACGCUCGAGCUGACUCCAAGACUGAACCCUCCCCAGUCAUGGGGACCAGCAAGAGCAUCUUUGUCAUUCCAUCGUCACAAGAAGAUCCACCACUGAGUCUCAGUAAACUCGACUCCUUGUACACCACAAACAAGAAGGUCACCAUCAGAAAAAGUUUGCUUUCAAAGGCGCUUGGCAGUGUAAGCGCUGUGGCUACAGAAGCCGCGACUAUCUAUCUUGGCUCCGAUGGACGCACCGCCACUUCGUCCACAGUCGGUGUAGCUCUUGUGUACGAUCCUCUCGAGACCGGCUCCUCGCCUCCGGCGAUCGGUCACGCAUCAGCGAAGAUCAUCUCACACACAUGGUCGCAUGGGAGAGCAGUCAGCCUUUUCCCGAAUCUGGGUCCGGCGAUGAUAUCAGACUCAUCUAACGUCUCGGUGGAGUUGAAGCCCGCAAACCCUUGUGUAUGGGUACAACAUAUGGGAAUCAGCGGUGGUGAUGAAACUGACGGGUCACCACCACUUCCAUUUUACUCGAGCCACAUGGAAGCUUCGUUUGAACUUCCCAUGUCGACGCAUGCGUUUACACCAACGUUUCAUUCGUGUUUCAUUUCACGGGCAUACUCAGUCAAAUUGGAUGUCUGUGUUGGUGGUCAGUCCAUUGUAUUGAGUGUCCCUCUUCAAAUAGUGAUGCAUGGAUUGCCUGAGAAGUCGCAUUCUGACGGUGCUCCCCCAAGUUUCGAGGAGGCUUAUGAAUCUUCACAGCGGAGUAGAUAUAGUGGCUAAAUAGGAUAUUACAGAUAAAGUGAGAUAAUUUCUAGUUAUAUUAAAUAUAAGAAUUGGGUAUACAGGAAA